UCUGCAGCUCAUCCCUCUCUUUCUCUCUUUCCCGUUGCACGAACGUGUCGUUGUUGCCUGUGGACUGGGGAGUGUGGUGCUUUGUUUGACUGAAGUACGAGGCCAGGCCAGGCGGUUAGUUCUGUCUCUCCAACGGUUCAGCUAAAGGCGCAGGCUCAUACACGUGUACACUGAUACAGAUCGAGUUCCAGCAACGAUGGCGAGCCUUGCAGCACGAAGACUCUCUUUCUUGAGUUCGCCGGCGAUUCGGUCAGCGUUGGCGGUAGCUGGACGCGGACCAUCAGCAGCGGCAUCAACAGCAAGCCGUCCGUUCAGCAGCUCUGCAGCCAGGCAAGAGCCCGUCGAUGGCUUGCCCAAGAUUGUCACCGCCGUUCCAGGGCCCAACACACAGAAAAACACCGCUGAACUUCGUGAGAUAAUGGAUGCCAGCAACAUUCCGUUCUUCGUCGACCUUGAGAAGUGCUCAGGUAACUACAUCGUUGACUCCGACGGCAACCGCUUCCUGGAUCUCUUCUGUCAGAUAUCCUCAGUGCCCAUCGGUUACAAUCAUCCAGAACUGCUUGCUGUGGCCCAGAGCCAGUCUGUGGCUCUGAACCUAGCUAACCGUACUGCUCUGGGACGCCACCCACCUACGGGGUAUGCCAAGGAUGUCAAGGAGUCUCUGUUGUCGGUGGCACCCAAGGGUUUGACUGAAGUCAUGCCCAUGAUGUGUGGAUCCUGCUCUAACGAGAAUGCAUACAAGUGUGCGUUCAUGUGGUAUCAGAUCAAGAAUGGUAUCAGCGAUAAGGGAUUCACAGCAGAGCAAGAGGCUUCAUGUAUGAUCAAUAUGCCACCUGGUUCGCCAAACCUGAGCAUUCUGUCAUUCGAAGGCUGCUUUCAUGGACGGACGUUGGGUACACUCUCCUCCACACGUUCCAAGGCACUGCACAAAAUCGACAUGCCCGCAUUCCAAUGGCCAGUUGCGCCCUUCCCUCAGCUCAAGUAUCCGCUGGACAAGCAUGCCCAGGAAAAUCGCCAGGAAGAGCAGCGCUGCCUCAAAGCGGUCCGGUCGAUCAUUGCCGAGUGGAAUGCCAAGGGUCACAACGUGGCCGGUGUGAUUGUGGAGCCUAUUCAGGGAGAGGGAGGUGAUAACCAUGCCUCUCCAGAAUUCUUCAGAGACCUACAGAAGAUUACCAAAGAGUUUGGUGCAGCGUUCAUCGUUGAUGAAGUGCAAACCGGCGUUGCCACCACUGGAUCCAUGUGGGCCCAUGAGCAAUGGAAUCUGCCGAACCCACCAGACAUCAUGAGCUUUGCCAAGAAGAUGCAGAUCGGAGGUUUCUACUACAGAAGCGAAUUUAGACCCAACCAGAGCAACCGUGUGUUCAACACAUGGUACGGAGACGUAGCAAGGAUGGCCAUUGCCGGCGAGACUGUCAAGGUUAUCCAGAGAGACAAUCUGGUAGCACAAGCUCAGAUCACUGGUAAAGCCCUGCUGACAGGCCUUGAAGAACUGCAGAAUACGUUUCCGUCACUGCUGAGUAACGCACGUGGUGCCGGUACGUUCUGUGCCAUCGACUGUGCAAGUGCCGACGUUCAGUCCAAGCUGAUUUCAAACCUCUGGCAGCUAGGCGUGCACACGGGUGGCUGCGGAGAGCACAGCAUUCGCUUCCGCCCGACUCUGCUCCUGACGCCAGAACACAUCUCCAUCGCCAUGCCUCUGUUCCACCAAGCCCUGUCCCAGAUCUAGAUGGUCAAGCCUUCGCCCAGAUAUAGAUGCCAUGAUAUGGCCAGAACCCGUGCAAGCUCUAUAAAAAAAUUCAAACUUGUGAAUUUAGACCAACACUCAACAUCAUGUACCAUUAUAAUGAUGUAUGAUUUUCUUUUGUGGUGUACAUUUUUAUGCCCUUGUCUAUUUUAACGAUUCUAGGAUCCCGCUGUAGGAAAAAAUAAGUUUUUUAAAACAAUUCUCACACAAAUUCGUUUUUUUAUAUGCACCCUACCAUUAUCCAUUUCUCUGUAAUUUCCACUCCUGGUGUUUCUGCUUGUUUAUACCCCGCCCAUCUGGGUGUGUGUGUGUGUGUGUGUGUGUGUGUGUGUGUGUGUGUGUGUGUGUGUGUGUGUAUGUGUGUUUGUACACGUGGGUGUGGGUAUGCGUGUGUAAGUAUGGCAUCCUUGUUCGCUGCAGCAGUAGAGGACUUUCAACAGAUAACUGCUACGGUACUCACUGGUGGUUUUCAUCGCUCUCCCUUACUUUCCGUGAUAAGUUUUCCCUUCUCCAGUUCUCAGUAUUUCGCAUCCUGCUCUACCCGGUAUUGCUUCUUCUUUUUCUUUUUUUUCGUUCUCAUUCUGGUCACCUUACCAAAUAGAUCUUGUGUAAGAAUCCGACUCUAGGUGUUCAGUGCCAAUAAUA